AUGUCAAUCGCCGACCCAGAAACUCAGUCCUCAUCCUCACCUCCAGUGUCAGCAACCCCUCCUUUCCAAUUUCACCAAUUCCCGCUCCUCCCUCUCGAACUCCAGCGUAAAAUCUGGCGUGCCCUAUUUCCUCCUUCCCGCACCAUAUCCCUUUCCUACAACAUCACCUCCUCGGAAGCUCUCUCUUCGCCACCACCCAUAACGCUCAGUAUCUGCUCUGAAUCACGUGCCGAAACCCUCCUCCUCUACACCCUAAUAUAUAGAUGCGAAUUUUCCGGAUCCCGUGGGAAAACAGGUGGAAAUUGUGGUAUUCUUCUCAGUAAAGCCAUGAGACAACCAAUUUGUAUUGAUCCCUCGAUUGAUAUCGUUGGGUUUUCCGCCGGAGAUUUAUGUGGAACGGAAAAUGUAAAGGCGAGAAGGAGAUUCGUAGAGUGGAUGCGAUUUUUGGACGGGGUUGAUAAGAGAAUCUUAAGGAGGACGAGGGGAAUAGAGUUAAUGGGACUAGAUUGGGAAAAUACAAUGUAUGUGCAUCUCAAGUAUCAGGAGGAAUUGAGAUGUAAGGAGAUGGGGGAAGAAUAUGAGGGUCAAGGGGGAGUGGAGUGUUGGGAGGAGCUGAAUUAUGGGGCCUUGCUUAGGUUUGCAGGGUUGCGCGAAGUGAGGUGUAGAUAUAAGCAUGUGGAGUAUAUGGGGAAUUUUGAGGAGCAGUUGAGGAAAUUCUUGGGAUUUCAUCGGGAAGUUUGGGGUGGGACCGUCCCUUCUGUUAAGCGUGUGCUGUGA